UCUUACAGGUACUCGUAGUACUCUGUGUCAGUUUCCUCGGCGUGACGGUUGCCGUGGAGCCAGCCGGCGAUCGCCGCCGCCGAGGGAAGCCAUGGGCGCCGCCGUGGCCGGAUGGACUGUGGCCGCGGUGCUGCUGCAGGUUGCGGGCCUCUCCCUCUUCCUCUACGGGUUCUUCCCCGUCAAGCCCACGCUGAGCGGCUUCAGCGGCGCGGAGAGCUACCGGGUGCCUUCGUGCGGUCCGGUCCGUGGUGGGGAAGAGGAAGCGGCGCUUCCUCCGGAUCAGCUCAGAUCUCUGUAUAGGGAACUCUCUGGGGUCCCUCCUGUGUACGAUCGCUUAGUAUUGAUGGUAAUAGAUGGGCUACCUGCUGAAUUUGUACUUGGGAGAGGAGGAAAACCUCCAAGCAAAGAAAUGAUGGAGUCUAUGCCAUACGCUCAAUCUUUGUUAGCUGGUUGCAAAGCAGCAGGUUAUCACGCGAAGGCUGCGCCUCCGACCGUCACAAUGCCCCGACUGAAAGCAAUGGUAUCCGGGGCAAUAGGAGGUUUUCUAGAUGUAGCAUUUAAUUUCAAUACUCAAGCCUUUUUAGAGGACAAUCUUCUUGAUCAGCUUCAUAUGAUUGGUGGAAAAUUAGUGAUGCUGGGAGAUGAGACAUGGAUCAAAUUGUUCCCAACACUAUUCGAUAGACAAGAUGGAGUGAGCAGUUUUUAUGUGAAAGAUACAGUUGAGGUUGAUUUGAAUGUUUCACGUCAUCUAGAAUUUGAGCUUGCUGCAAAAGACUGGAGUGCCUUGGUACUUCACUAUUUAGGCUUAGAUCAUGUUGGCCAUAUAGGUGGCCGCCGGAGUGUUUUGAUGACCCAAAAGAUGAAGGAGAUGGAUGAUGUCAUUAGACGGGUGCAUGCUGCGAGCCUUCAGGAUAAUCCAGACAGAACACUUUUGGUUGUAGUUAGUGAUCAUGGCAUGACUGAAGGUGGUAAUCAUGGAGGAUCUUCAUGUGAGGAAACUGAUUCACUUGCCCUUUUUAUAGGACACAGUGUUGAGAGCUCAGAUUGUUCACCCUACGACCAGAAUGAAGCACUUCAAGUGGAUCUCACCCCAACUCUUGCUCUUCUAUUUGGCGUACCAAUUCCGAAGAACAAUAUAGGUGUCUUGCUUCCAGAUAUUUUUAAUUCUUUGACAGAUGAUCAGAAACUACGAACUUUAGAGCUGAACUCAUGGCAAAUCUUAAGAUUGCUGCAAGCACAAAUUCCUGCUUUCUGCCUUGAAGAUUGCAUUGAUUUGGAGGGCAAUUUAGGAAUUGACGUGCUUUCUAAAUCUAUUGAGAAAAAGUUAUGCUCUCUGCUUUCUAAAGCUUUUGCUUCUCAUCGAUCCUCACGUCUUCAUCAAGGUUCUGAUUUCAAGUCCGUUGAAGCUGGGAACAUUGGGACUGCUGUGGACAACUACUAUGGGUUCUUAAGAUAUGCGAGUGAGUGGUUGUCUCACAGAGCAACCGAUAAACCAUUAUAUUUACUCAUCUCUGCAAUCUUGUUGAUGACAAUGUCAUGCCUUUUUCUCAUGUGCACUGUCUCUUGCCUAUUUAUGGGACAGUCUCUGAGUCAAGUUGACCACCACUCAGAGUCCUAUUUGGAUCAACACUGGCACCUUGAUGAGAUUUUCAUUUUUACUGGGAUUUUUCUCUAUGUCAUCAGUUUUGGUUCAAGCUCUUUUGUGGAAGAAGAGCAGUAUACAUGGCACUUUCUCACUUCUUCUCUUUAUUUAAUAUUUCUCAUCAAGACAGUUCAAUCAAUGUUAAAAGGAUCAAAUUCAACACUAGUUCAUAGAGCAGAAGGAAUGAGCUUUGACAGAAAUAACUUUUCUUGCGCUACCAGCUAUGAAUUAACCCCAGGCAAGCGAGAUGGUUACAGGUUAUGUACUGUCAUUAUUGUUCUUGUUGCUGGGAGAGUUAUAAGAGCUUGGCAUCAAGGUGGGGUCAACUGGGUUCAUUUUCCUGACAUUUCGAAGUUACUGGCCCAAGCUGACUCUUCUAUUGUAAAGUCUCUUCAGAUUUUCUCAGUUCUUGCAGUUGGGGCAUCGUAUUCAGUUUCACUCAUGUUACUUAGACCAAGGUCAAAGUAUGUUAUAGGAGUAUGGUUGAGCCACAUUUGUUGCGGACUAUUGGUUCUACUGCAUAUCUGGGAAAGUCAGAUAAAUACUUCACUACCAAUCAACCAUAGCACGGCAUCAAUAGCUCAGAUAUUUUAUGCCAUCGCAGGUGUUUCAAUAACUGCUACUGUUCUUGCUGCACCUUGGAUAUUUCCAUUAUACUCUACAAAAGCAGAACCAGCAUCCUCCUCUGGCUCCAAUCCUGUAACAGCUAUACAUUUGUGUGGCAUCAAUAAUUCAGUGUUCCUGACUGGAAUAACAUGCAAAACGUUCUGGUGCCUUCUGCAGUUGCUUCUGCAACAACCCAUCAAUGCAAUUCCUCUUUUGCUAAUUUUCUUGCAAACAAUCUCAAGUAUAGUUCAUUUUUCUCUGGAUAAAACAUUGCAUAAGCAAUGGGUACAGGUUGUUGCAAUGCAAUUCUUGGGAAUGGCCGGUCAUUUUGGUCUUGGGAAUACAAAUAGCCUCGCCAGCAUUGAUGUUGCUGGAGCUUUCAUUGGCAUUUCAAGUUACUCCACAGUUUUUUCUGGUAUACUGAUGUUCUUUAUUACAUAUGGGUCACCUCUAUUGUUAUACCUUGGGAUGGUGGUUUAUAUAUCGGUGAAAGAUAGUGAUGAUAUCUCUACUCCACGGCAGUUGAAAUGGAGCUACAUUCUAAACAAAAUGGUCACAUUGCCAUGUUUGCUUCCUUUGCUCAUUAAUUCUGUUGCUUUGACUUCAUACACCAUUGUUUUGCUACUCAUGAGGAAUCACUUGUUUGUUUGGAGCGUAUUUUCACCAAAGUACCUUUAUGUCUGUGCAGCAACAGUGUGUACAUAUGUUGGAGUAUUUAUCAUAGCCAUGACUGCAGUCUACACUUGCACUGUUUUUUCAUUCAGGAGAAGCUACAGGGAUAAAUCUCUGUAAUCAGAUUGAGGAUUAGUUAAUUUGAUCUAGUAGGCAUUUGUCAGAAAGGAAGAAUAGGCUAUUGUCUCAUUCGAGGAAUGCAGCUUGUUUCCUUCUGUGCGGAUUUUUUGUACAUUUUGUGUUCCCAGUUUUCCAGAUCACGCAAUCCCUCCAAGAGCGUAUACACAUUUUUCGUUCCUCUUUGCCAAUUGUAUUUUCCUUCUGGCAGUAGAUUUGUUCUAGAGGCUUGUACUGUAUGUUGUAGCACGUACAGAACGGAAGAAUAUGUUGUGAUCUCCAGAGUUACCGUUUAGAUAAGAGUGUUGUAUGUUGCCUAUUUCAUAAUCUUACAUGCUUCUCAAGA